AUGGGUGAUACUGCGGGCGUUCCAGCCUGCCUGAGAACCGGUUUCUAUUUUGUGGUAAAGCCUGAUACAGUCAAGAAGCAGGCACUAUUUCUGUCAACCUGUUCUGCAACCGGCAGGGAUGUCAUUAUAGAGAAGAGACAGCGUGUUGUGCAAAUUGAUCCGCUGGUGAUGUCAGAGCCCUUUCUGUCUGCCUUUAACGCUGGUUCAGCAGCUGAACAAAUGGACUCUGCGAUACGAAGCUCUAAAGCAAAUGCCAAGCAAGAUGUGAACGGCAGCAUGAUCCCAGUGUUUAUGCCAUUAACGGAGCACAGUUGGCAUUAG